CUUUUGCCUGUUACAAUAGAUAGCCUUUUGUCAACCGAAGCGAACGACAGCACAACAGACGAAUCAGAUGCUCAAGCCGGUGAAUCAUCUGGUAUUCAGAAAAUCAAUUUUCAACCAUCGGUUAGUCGUCGCAAUGCGAAUCGAUAUGCGUUAUCGUUUCAUCGAGAAACCGUCAAAGAGAUGAAAGCACAAAAGGAUGCCGCCAGAAAGCCCAUUCAAUUCAUAUUGCGCAGCGAUCUCGAAACCGGCGACGAAUAUUUUCAAGGAUAUGAUUUUCCCAUACGGCCCAAAUGGUCUUACGAUAUGUCAAAAGAGGCGGUAGAUAGAAACGAAAAUCGAUAUUUUACAGAAUAUGUUAUGAAACUAGAAAAAAGUCAUGCUGAAAAGGGAAAAACGCUCAGCUAUUGCGAACUCAAUUUGGAAACGUGGCGACAAUUGUGGCGUGUACUGGAAAUAUCCGACAUAAUUUUGGUGAUUGUUGAUGCACGAUAUCCGAGUCUACAAUUUCCGCCUUCAUUGUUUGAAUACGUCACGCAAACAUUGAAGAAACAUAUGAUUUUGGUAUUAAAUAAAAUCGAUUUGGUGCCAUCGCAUAUUGUACUUGCAUGGAAGCAUUAUUUUGAAGAAACAUACAAAGAUAUUCGUGUGAUUUUAUUUACAUCGUAUCCAUCGUAUAAUUUACGUUCGGUACCGGAGCGCGAUGGAGCUGCUGGCGGCUUAAAGAUCUUACGUCGACGCGGAAAAAUGCGUAUGGCCAAAGAAGGUGCAUACCAAAUUCAACAAGCUUGCAAAGCAAUUGUUAAAGCUGAACUGGACAUUUCGAGUUGGGAGAAUAAGAUUAUCGAUGAGAUCAAAGGUAUGCAAGUGGACGAUACAUUGCCAUCGACAAGCUUUGAACAGCAACAUCCACAACAAGAACAACAGCAGCAAACAAUUCAUGCCGAUGAUACCGACUUUGAUAUGAAAGAGCGUGUACGUUUCCAAAAUGAUAUCUUAACCGUUGGCUGUGUGGGAUUUCCAAAUGUUGGAAAAUCAUCUCUUAUGAAUGCUCUAAUGGGUAAGAAGGUUGUGAGCGUUUCCAAGACACCAGGGCAUACUAAGCAUUUCCAAACAAUUUUUCUAACAAAUAACGUACGACUUUGCGAUUGUCCUGGAUUAGUAUUCCCGUCGUCUGUUCCACGUAAAUUACAAGUUCUUAUUGGUAGUUAUCCAAUAGCACAACUGCGUGAACCAUAUGCAUCGGUACAAUAUCUGGCCGAACGCAUUGAUUUGGUGAAAACGUUGAAUGUCAAAGUGGAUGGAUUAUGGUCAGCAAUGGAAAUUUGUGAUGCAUGGGCAUUGGCACGUGGAUUUAUUACGGCAAAAGCAGCUCGCCCCGAUACAAAUCGUGCCGCCAAUCAUAUUCUCCGGAUGACAUUAAACGGUCAAAUAGUGUUAAGCCUACUUCCACCAGAUUUUGUAGCUAAAGAAGAUACAUGGCAAACACAUGAAGGUAUCAGUGACGUUGAAGCGAUCAAAGCACUUGGAAUCUCUGAAGACUUGGUCGAAGUGGAUGAGAACUUUGAGUCAGACUCAGAAAAUGAUGAUGAUACCAAAGAUGAAGAGUCUGAUAAUGAAGAUAAUUCGCAGGACGAUGAUGACACGAUUAUCAAACCAAAGCGCAAUGCAUUCGAGCUACUUGACGAUGAUGAUGAGGAUUAAAUUGCAACUAUAAAACGCUCAGUCAUAUUUAAUACAUAAUAAACAAUUUUAUCAAAGCUAGUGAUUUUUUUAGGCAAAUGUAAAACUCGUUAGUCGAAUACGAAAAUACAAAUACAAAUACAAAUAUUCACACUGAUACUUAUAGAAAUAAAUAUCAUUUGACCUUCUUUUUUAACGAAUUCAUUUUAAAAUGGAAAGCAAUUAUAUAUUUUAAAAACAAACCAAUUUGUUAUUUUGAAUUAAACAACACUUUAACGAGGCACCGGCACAUAACCAAUCAAUCACCUAUAUUAUAGUAGAAAACAACAACAAAAUGAAACAUAUUUUUAAUUCAAUGUUAGAGAAAAUAAACAGUGAUCAGCGCCAAUCGACUCAUAGUCAUAUAGGAACAAUCUAUUCAAUAAGAUACAUUGGCCAUGGUCAUAUACGAAUGAACCACAACUGUAAAAAACAGACCCAAAUAAAUUGAAAACAACCACA